AUGAGUGCUGCAGGUUCGGUCAGAAUGGGAGGACUGAGGAGAGGAGCUCGCGACCUGCACGGUGAUUAACCCCCCCCCCCAGCCCAAAAAGAUGAUUUAUCGCGACUGUAGAGCUGCUGAGUCAAGGUAACGGAGAGCCACGAGCUGCUGCUGCAAGAGAACCAACCUGCAGGUAGCUGUCCUUCAGUUCCUACCUGUUCAGUGUGUCCUUCCGAGUCUGCGAUGCCGAUCGACAUGGCGUUACCUCGGUACCUGUCCACGGAGGAGUUCCUCUACCGGACGUCUACUAAAACGUGCCGGCCGUCUCUCAGCUCGUGCCUGAGGUUCGAGCCUUCGCCCGUGAUGGACCAGACGGAGCCUGAGGACGCCCCGUCCUCCCGGGACCACUCCAGGAAAACCAAGAACAGCCCUGCCAAGAAGCAGGUGACGUUCGCCGACCACCGCGGCCUGUCCCUGACCAGAGUCAAGCUCUUCUCUCAGUUCGACGACCCCAUCGACAUUCCCGUGAAGGUCCAGUCGACGCUCUGCUCCGCCGCGUCCCUGGCGGCCCAGCAGGACAACAAGCUGGCGCUGGACUUCGCCCAGCCGUCCUCCGACUACCUGCUGUUCCGCCAGCGCCUGGAGGUGGACUACGUGUGCCUGGAGCAGUGCGUGCUGCGGGAGAAGCUGCUGGCCGGGACCGUCAAAGUCCGCAACGUUUCCUUCGAGAAGCGCGUGAAGCUGCGCUGGACGUCCGACGGCUGGCAGAGCCACGCCGACGUGGACUGCGAGUACAUGAAGGACGCCUAUCCCAGCAUGCACAGCGACACCUUUGCCUUCAGCGUGGCGCUGCCCGAGCGGCUGGCGCCUCGGCAACGCGUGGAGUUCGCCGUCUGUUACGCGGUGGACGGACGGGAGUACUGGGACAGCAACCGGGGGGACAACUACUGCAUCGUCUGGGCCUCGGCCAAGACCAACCGGCGCCCAAACGCCGCGGACUUCGGGAUUCAUAUGGAGCGGUACGGCAGCCCCACCUGCUCACACGGGCUCUUCCCUGAUUGGCCGAGUUACGCGGGCUACGAGAACACCGGCCCGUACUACUGAGCUGAACAGGGAGCAGGGUGUUCGGCUCGGUGGUGUUUUAAGCCCCCAACAUCGCCUUCCAGGCAGCUAAACUUAAAGCGUAACUCUCGCCAAAAUGCAACCUAGGGUCUUUUUGUGAAUGCACCCGAGUC